UUGACAGGGUCUAGGAACCAGUUGUGAUCUUAAUGCUCAAUACCAUGUUAUUAGUUAUUUUUAUAUUUGCAAUGAAUUUAUACAUCAAAAUAUAAAUAUAGCAUUUAUAAUAAACACCUAAGCUAGCAAUAAACAUGGCAAAUCAUUACGAAGUGCCUAACUGGGCUGGAAAACCACCAACGGGACUCCACUUAGAUGUUUUAAAAGGAGAUAAAUUAAUACAGAAAUUGAUGUUAGAUGAGAAGAAAUGCUACCUCUUUGGUAGGAACCCACAAAUGAAUGACUUUUGUAUAGACCAUGCAAGUUGUUCAAGAGUUCAUGCAGCAUUUGUGUAUCAUAAACAUUUGAACAGAGCGUUUUUGGUUGAUUUGGGCAGCACUCAUGGCACAUAUAUUGGACAGAUGCGCUUGGAAGCUCACAAACCAACCCAACUACCUAUCGAUUCAACAUUUCACUUUGGGGCUUCCACAAGAAACUAUGUGAUUAGGGAAAGACCGACAGGAAACUCUCGGGGUAUCAUGGAGGAUUUACCCAACUCUGAGAUGGAGGGUGCACUACUUGGAUUGCCAGAGACACAGACAGAGUUAGAUAAUCUAACAGAAUUCAACACAGCACAUAACAGAAGAAUUUCUAUGUUGGGUAUAUCUACUGAUGAUGGCAGUGAUGUUAUUAAGCCACCGACUGGUACAAAAAGAUCAGCAUCAAUGCCAGGUGGUGUACCAAAGAAGCAGAAACGUAAUGUUUCUUUCAAUGAGGAAGUGGACAUCAUUAAUCCAGAAGACAUUGAUCCAACUGUGGGUAGAUUUAGGAACUUGGUACGAUCAACUAUAGUACCAAAUGCAAAUGCUCCACCCAGGAAGAUAAAAUUACAAAGUGCUGACGAAAAUCACCACCACCAUUCAUUGAGACUGCAAGAAAUAUCAAGAAGCAAUAAUCUCUAUUCAGAUCUUCCAGCACCAAGUUCCCAUCUAAGUCUAAUUGGUGCAAGGUUGGGCCUGCUGUUACCGAAUCCUGCACCUGAUGUGGAGUUAGAAGGACCGGAGCCACAUCUAAAUGUUCAUCCACCACUACCAAAUGCAGCGUCCGAAGAAUCAGGGCCAUCGAGUGAACCCAAGAAGAAGAAAUACGCAAAGGAAGCCUGGCCGGGGAGAAAACCUGGACUUAUACCUAGUGUUUGAGUUGAACAACACUCUUAGGUUUAAGUUGUAGAUUAUAAAAAGGACUUUCACGAAAAACCUUUUUUAAAUUCGCCACAGAUAAUAAAUAAAGAGCUAUUUAUAACGAA